CAGCAGCAGUGGCCGCACAUCUGAAUGGAAGCGAGCUUUGUCCAGACCACCAUGGCUCUGGGGCUGCCCUCCAAGAAAGCAUCUUCCCGCAACGUGAUCGUGGAGCGCAGGAACCUGAUCACCGUGUGCAGGUUCUCUGUGAAAACCUUGCUAGAGAAGUACACAGCGGAGCCCAUUGAUGACUCAUCUGAGGAGUUUGUUAAUUUCGCAGCCAUUUUGGAGCAGAUUCUCAGUCACCGUUUUAAAGCUUGUGCCCCAGCAGGUCCAGUGAGCUGGUUCAGCUCCGAUGGGCAACGGGGCUUCUGGGACUAUAUCCGACUGGCCUGCAGCAAAGUGCCCAACAACUGUGUGAGCAGCAUUGAGAACAUGGAGAACAUCAGUACAGCGCGAGCCAAGGGCCGGGCGUGGAUCCGGGUGGCUCUCAUGGAGAAGCGUAUGUCCGAAUACAUCACCACAGCUCUUCGGGACAACCGAACUACCAGACGGUUCUAUGACUCCGGAGCCAUCAUGCUGCGGGAGGAAGCCACUGUCCUCACAGGGAUGCUGAUUGGGCUGAGCGCCAUCGACUUCAGCUUCUGUCUAAAGGGCGAAGUUCUGGACGGGAAGACGCCGGUGGUCAUCGAUUACACACCCUACCUAAAAUUCACCCAGAGCUACGACUACCUGACGGAUGAGGAGGAGCGGCACAGCGCGGAGAGCAGCACCAGCGAGGACAACUCGCCUGAGCACCCCUACCUGCCUCUCGUCACCGACGAGGACAGUUGGUACAGCAAGUGGCACAAGAUGGAACAGAAGUUUCGCAUUGUCUAUGCGCAGAAGGGAUACCUGGAGGAGCUGGUGCGUCUGCGCGAGUCGCAGCUGAAGGACCUGGAGGCGGAGAACCGGCGGCUGCAGCUGCAGCUGGAAGAGGCUGCAGCGCAGAAUCAGCGCGAGAAGCGGGAGCUGGAAGGCGUGAUCCUGGAGCUGCAGGAGCAGCUGACAGGUCUGAUCCCCGGUGACCAUGCCCCCCUGGCCCAGGGUUCCAAGGAGUUCACCACACCCCUGGUCAACCAAUGGCCCUCCCUGAGCACACUCAACAGGCCUGAGGGUGCCGGCAACUCCAAGCUAUAUCGGAGACACAGCUUCAUGAGCACCGAGCCGCUGUCUGCAGAGGCCAGCCUGAGCUCAGAUUCCCAGCGCCUGGGAGAGGGCAAGCGGGACGAGGAGCCCUGGGGCCCCAUCGGGAAGGACCCCACGCCCUCCAUGCUGGGCCUCUGCGGCUCCCUGGCCUCCAUCCCCAGCUGCAAGUCCCUGGCGAGCUUCAAAUCCAACGAAUGCCUGGUGAGCGACAGCCCCGAGGGCAGCCCAGCGCUUAGCCCGAGCUGAGGAACAGAGUGGGCAAUGCCAGCCCCGAGGGCAGCCCAGCGCUUAGCCCGAGCUGAGGAACAGCGUGGGCAAUGCCAGCCCCAUCUGCUAGGGGCCAUGGACAACUGCCACCUUUGAGUCCCCCGACCCAGGCAACCCUUCAGGAAUGCUGUCCACCUAGCCAGGGGUCUCUAGGGAAAGACAAGCAAGUCUCUUCCUGCUUCUGGCCAAGGAGGCAGGCGUUGCACUGGGAAGUGGUGGGGCCGGGGGAAGGGGCACCCAGGCCACAAGCGGUCAGUCCCCUGGGGAAGCCUGCCUGGUUCCCUCUGCUCAUCUUCCACACCCGCCUCAGGAGCAGGUGGUCCAGCCCUGGCAUUCCGGCUGCCCUGCCUCUGGUCUGCCCCUGUAUACCCUCUGAAGUCACCCUUCCUUGGUACCUAUGUAGGGAGAGAUUAGGCAAAUAAAAACCAGAGGACUGA